AUGCAAGAUAUAUAUGACCAUGUUUCCAGCAGCAAAAAAGAAAUUGAGGCUAUUAAAGUUCAUUUAUCAAAUGAUAGGCCUCGUGAUAAAUUAUUUUUUUAUCCACCAAACAGAAUUACUAGUUUUGUUGGAAGAAAAGAAGAAUUGAAACAAUUACAAGAAAGGUUUUUUGAAAAAAAGUACGGCUGCAAUAUGCAAAUUUUAUGUGGACUUGGAGGAGUAGGAAAGACAACAUUGUCUAUUGAAUACGCUUGGAAUUCCCACGCCUUGUAUCCUGGUGGUGUGUUUUGGAUGUCUGCAGAAACAAAUGAAUCUCUGGAAGAUUCAAUACAAAAGAUAGCUCUUGAUACUGAUAAUGUCGGAAAUGAUACAAACGAAUCGAUGCGUAAAACGCUAAAUUGGCUACGUGGACUACAACAGGGAUGGCUGCUUGUAAUAGAUAAUUUAGAUAUGGAAGAAAUCAAAGGAAAUGUCAAAGAAUUGGUUCUUGGUGCAUGGAGACAUAACUCAAAUGGUCAAACCAUAAUCACUUCAAGAAGGAAGGCCACUAAUGCUGAGGAGGAGUUUUAUGUCCAAGCCGACGACUGCAUAACGUUGGACGUAUUGACAGAAAAGGAAAGUUUACAUUUCAUUACAACUCGCACGGGUCUUCAAAUUAACAAUGAUGAAAAUGCAAUAUGUUUAGUACAUGAACUCGGUGGAUUACCUUUAGCACUGGAACAAGCAGCGGCUCAUAUCAAAGCAUUGGCAUGUACUUACAAAGAGUACUUCAAUAAAUUUAAAGAACAAAGAUUGAAAUUGCUUAAAGCAAUCAGACCACCUUUUGAAUUGUCAAAGGAAAGACAAGCGGUGCAAACAACAUGGCAACUGAACUUUGAUUACAUUUUGAAACAGUCAGAGCAUGAAGGAUUGGGAAAUACUGCAGUCACCAUCGUUGAAAUAUUAGCAUAUUUAUAUGCAGAAGAUAUACCUUUUUGUGUCAUUAAUACAGGAACACCUAAAAUAUGCGAUGAAAAAUUUAUCACAGGUUCUCGAAAAUCCACUAGGAAAAAAGCAAAUUAUUGA